AUGCUUGACUUCACAGACUGGGAACCGGACAGGUUUCGAAUAUUACUUGAGCAAAUUGAGAAUGUUUCAUACUCCGCGUCCGAGUCCGGUUUAAAAGAAAUAAGUUAUAAACUACAAGAAAAUAAAUCGUGGUUUAUAAAUUUGCUUGACCUCCCACCGCAACAACUAGAUCAUCGAAAUCAACUCAAGAAUAAAGUUCGUUCCAAUAAAUAUAAAUUAGGUACUGCAACCAUAAAUCGCACGGAUUACAAGUUUUCGGAAUCCUUUGUUGUCGAGGCAAACUCGAUAUCGGAUUUUCUCAAGAUCGAUGAAUUUCUCGCAGCAUGCCUUCUUCAUCAUGGAUCAAAACAAUGCGCCAAAUUUAACAGAUCCGCCCCAGAAACAGCAGUUCUACUUUUACUCCGAGAGCAAGCAUAUUUGUUGGUAUGCUUAUCGAGUCUCAUAGGAAAUGCUUUUAAUGAAGACGUAAACAUUUCAGCCAGAGAAUUGUUCGCGGACUAUGUGGACAGCUUGUUUGGUGCGGCGUCGAAAGUGACCAAAGACGGCUCAUAUGCAGGAAAGAUAUUGUCGACUAUUCGAAAGCUUAAAAACGAAACAGUUGAAUUCGAUUCUCGAUUACAAAAACUUUUAAGUCAGAGUCAGACAAUGAUUACUUCUCAAGAUUUACAACUUCUCAAUGCCGGGUAUACUUUGAUCAAUUUUAAUAGUGAAUCUAUGAAGGAUAAAAUUAAGCAAUCAUCGAUACACCAAAGAUAUCUUGCACACAAUUUAUGGUUAAUAUCUUACAAUUACCUUUUGGAUGUAAAGGAUAUAACAGAGCUGACAAAUAUUUUACGUAAUUCUGAUAUGGACGACAUCGUUUUUCCAUAUUUGAUUGCUUCAUUACUUUCAACUAUUGAUACGUCAUCCGAACAUUUGUCCAUUGAUUUGCCAGCGAAGCAAAAACACGACGAUUUGAUUAGAAACAAGGAUUUUAUCAACGAUUUUGCAAACUUUAUUAACAAAGGCUCAUGGAAGGUUGAGGCAGCUAGAGCAACAAUUACUAUUCAGUGGUGUCUAUUUGUAUUAGAGGCUUUACGCAAUUCUCCGUCCUUGGAGUCGCAGUUAAUUAUUAAAGAAGAACACUUGGGAGAAAUGUUUCAACGAGCGGUUGUCAAGGACGCAUUUCAAUUUAUAACCCACUAUUUACUUUCAUUUCAAAAAACGGAAAUGGAAUCCGUGUAUGCUGAAAUUGCACCAAGUAUAUCAACCGUAUGGGAAACCAAAAGCACUGAAAAUGGCUCGUUCAAUGUCACAUUCUCCCCCCCAGGAAUGGUUCCGAAAGUCGACGGUCAUAUACAAGAAGAUUUUGGAUAUUACCUUCGCAAACAACUCGAGUUCUUUGUCAUAUCGAUAGUGACCAGGAUGUGGAGUAAUUUACAAAAGAUCAGGAGACAGGAGGAGGACGCUAUCCAAUCAGCAGCAACCGAACCUUUGGUUUCGUCUACUACCAGAAAGUCUAUUGUAGUACGUCAUGACGUCGAAGCCUUCUUCAUCUUGAUAGCCAAUAUUUACAGAAAUCUUCCCGAUGAAGGCUUAAGAUUCUGGAUAGACUUGAAACAGAUAAUAAAUUGGGGAGCAAGUUUUCAGGAAAAGGGAAUGAUGAGAGCAUAUUUGGAAAUGCUUUGUUCGUUAUCUGCGGGCGUUCAUUCCAGUGCCCGUGCCGAUGAUUUCCUUUCACGCAGUUCAGAGGAGAUGGGUGAAUGGUGUUCGUGGACUACAUUGUUCAGGGCCUUGAACGAGUACAAUAUGGGGAUGAACCAAGAUAUCAAACAAAUAUUAGAAGAUGAAGUCAAACUUUUGAUUUCCUUUCUAAGAGUUUUCCAGCAGGUUGUUCGAUAUUCGAGUAACGCAAGGAUUAGGUUCUUCCAGGCCAACGUGAUAAAGAGUCUCUUUCGCUUAGUAAUCCAUCACGUGCCAACCGAGCUAAAAGCGGAAUUAUAUAAUUCGAUCACGUCGUUUUGUGUUCCGGAAACCGAGGGAUUUCUGGAUAUCGUUUUGCAGAUAUGGUAUUUGCUUGAAGAGGAGCAAAUAGUUCACACCGUCCCCAAGGAUCUCAAGUUCGGAGCGACCACGUACUGGGGAAUCUCAAGCAUGCAGGCGCAAGACGCUUGGGCCAUAAAAAAGGAGCUCGAGGAGGUUGAAUCACCGAGAAAGCUAUUCUUUCAGACAUUUUCAUUUGUACGUUUCAUCAGUUCCCUAAUUUAUGUUCCCGAUAUUCAUGUCUCUCUUCGCUGCGGAUUUCCUGUUCGCUCCCCGACAAUGAUCGAGCAGAUUGGAACUGGUUAUCGACAACCCGGAAUUACACCCUAUGUAAAUUUUAUCAUCGAUGACAUUUUUAUCAAAGCUCCGAGUCGCGAUUACAUCUUCCCAUCACAAAAGUGGAAUAUCAUGGCGUCUUCCCUAGACAUAAUCUAUAAAUGCCUGACUUCGUUUGAUUUGACAGGUCCAUUGUUCCAAAACGAUCAAGCGUCAAUCACGAAACUGGAAAUUGUAAACAAAGAAGAAACCAACACUUUUAACAAAGAUUGGGUUCAAUAUCUAAGGAAUCAUCCAGGAUACGAUAUAAUGAAAAGGUUGUUGAGUAACUCCCGAUUGGUAGAUGUGAUGUUUGAAAUAAUUUCACAGGGAAUUGAGGCAUUGGGAGAAGAGGUCAAAGCACCGUUCAUUUUAGAAUCGGUUUUGCAUUGCUUGAGAAUAUUGUGGGUCGCAUUAGAAAAGCAGGAAAGAUUUACGAAACGAUUGGUCCCUUUAGUAGGCGAAAAUUCUCCAGGACAACUUGAAAACGCGUUCUUAUCUAAAAAGGAAGUUAUAGUGCAAAUAGCACUAUUGCUCAAUUACGGAAACGCUGAUGUUUGCCUGUACGUUGUCAAGGUUUUGUCUAGCCUCUCCAGAUCGUCAUUAUUCAGUUCAAAGGAUAGAUAUGGCAAAGAAAGAGUAAAUAGAUUGGUUGGGAUACUAGAUUCUAGUGUUGAUUCAGAAGCGAUUAUUGGCGGUUUUGUGACACGGUUGGAGUUGAGUGGGGAUGAGGAGACAUGGGACAGUAAAUAUAAAUUAGAAGGUUUUGAGUUAACUCAAGUUGGAUUAAAAUCCUGGUCCGUACCUGGAGAGGAUGAAUUCUGCGCGGGACCGCUGACGCAUGAACCGGCAAUCACUUUCGGAACGGUGAGGUGCGCAAUAUUGAAUCUCAUUUUAGAAAAUUUGAUGCCUGUUAAAGCCACUCCAACAAUAUCACAUUUUCUCCUUGGUUUUGACCUUCGAGGUUCGUUACAGGCCCCGGUUAUCAAAUACAUCAAACAAGACGAUCUUAGGGAAUCGUGUCUGCAUAAAAUAAUGGAAAUCUUAGGGCAACCUAUCAACAAUGAUUCGGAUGUUUCUGAAGUUAAUCCUUUGCUAUCUAAUUACCCAUCACUGACAGCCUGUUGUUACCAAAUUUUGUACCGACUUUGCGCUGAUUAUAACACUUCCGACGUGACAAUGUUAUUUCUCCGAAGCCAAGGAUUCAUUCAUCGCCAAUUCAAAGCGAUGCCCUUACAAAUAGUUUUACCGGAAAAGAUGCCGGAAUGGGGAGAGUUAUGCAAAAUGACACGCUAUGAUAACCAAGUAAUGGGAUUAGACUUGGUUACUGUCUGCGCGAAUCUCGACGAGCGAACGUAUUUGAUGAAAAUGAUUGCAUUGGAAUUGCGUAAAUGUCAGACUCGUUCUGGUAUUGAGCGAUUACUAAUCAUGUUAUUAGGAGUUGGUGCGAUUAAGUCACCAGCCAGGGAUGCAAUGGACGAGGACCUAUCGACCACGUCAACGAUAAAAAUUCUUGAUAUUUUAAACAUGUUGGAAUUUGAUUGGGAUGAUUUAUGGCAAAUAAAAGAACCGACGAGAAAUUACUUUGACAAAAUUAACCUCAAGGCAUUACUGACACUUAACGAACGCGGGUUUGCUACUUAUAGAUUGAACGAUGUGUUCUCCGAAAUGAAUCAGACACACAUACACCUUCGAAAGCAGGCACAGAUGGGCUUUUCGGUUAACGAGACUAGCUUACGCAAGGAGAUGAAACAUAUACUACGAUACUGCUAUUUUUAUAAUCGCGAUCAAGAAUACAUAUACUCUAGGCGUGAAUGUUUUAAAGCGUGGAGGGAAGUGACCGAAGUGACCAUUGUUAAUCAUUAUAGUCGCCUGCGUUUGGAAGUUCGUGAAGCUACGUUUCAUGAUAUACUGUCGGUCUUAUUACCAACUUUACAGCGUGAGGCUCGAGCGAUUGCAGAGAUCAUUAGUAAGGUCAUAUUAUCGGCAAUUACGGUUUUACGGUUAGAUCGCAGACGCUUAUCGAUUCUACAGACGGCGAACACCGCAAAUCUCGCAUAUCUGAGAGUUCCUUCUGAAAGACUUUUCUCUAUAUUACGACUAAUCUUGGAAUGCCUCAUAGUCCAAGAUUUUUCACCGGAUGUUCGGAACAAUUUAUAUGCGACGAUUUAUAAUUAUCUGCACUACAUCGACUACGAACCUGAUAUAUCAGCGGGAUCACUGCCGCCGAGUGACUUAUCACGAUCGCUUUCUAAAAGUGUUAUGACACGAUCUGUCUUUUCAACACCCAUACCAGGAACUAUCUUGAAAAACUCAUCGCCUAAGCCUUCGAUAACUCAAACUCGUGGUGGUACUCGAUCUAUCCUCGACGCUGGUAAUCUUGCGGUCUUUAGAAGUGUGGGUAAAAGAUUGCUCGAUAUAAUUCGACUAGAUGCUUCUGAGGGACCAGUCGCCGGAAAGUUAUGCGCUUUAAAUGUGCUAACAGCUAUCUGUAGUUUGGACAAACGAGAUAAAGGUCUUUUUGUGAUUGAUUACAUAAUUACAACAGGCUUUCUUGGAAAUAUUGUUAAGAAUUUGAAAAGUCAAAAUGAAUUACUGUUGCAGUCCAUAAGCCCUCGAUAUGAAACGGCCGCAAUACAAGCGAAAUAUGUAUUUGAGGCAAGAAUGGGACUUUUAAUGUGCUUUGCUCAGCGUCGCGACUGUGCCAGUAAACUGUUGGAGAUGGGGAUUAUGGGCUAUCUGGACGACUUGGAAUUUCUAGACGAACGACCAAAUUAUAGCAAUCCAGAAAUAGGAAAGCCUGUGUAUAAGGCAUAUCAUGAUCUAUUGACGCUGGUGGUACGCCUUAUUGUCUGCAUCCUCACAAGCAUAGGACAUGAAAGUGCAGCCGCCCUGGUUAAGGUUUCCCAAUUCAUCAGUGGUCACCAAGACUUGAUUGCAACUAUUUUUACCGAUGUACCUUCCAUAGACGCACUAAAUUCGCAAAAUUCUGAGUUGCGCGCGAACUUUAUAAUGUGCAUCGAAGUUCUAAAUGAAGUGACGCGUCUAUUCUAUUUAUUGGGUGACAAGAUAAAACCCAUCGAUCUAGUUACUAACAUCAUUAAUUUUGUAACGACAGCAUUCACCCCAAUAUUCACUCAAUCUCUCAAUGCUGCCAAGCGACCUGAUGACGACUACCACGGCGAUAUCAGGAAACCCGAGCUCUCGGUUCUCGUUAAUUACCUUCGUAAUUCUAUCGACCUCCUUGAACAAUACCUGCAAAACCUUGGAAAGUUAUCGUCCAAAAUAGAAAAAGGAGAAGAAGCACUUGAUAAUAUUGAGGAGGUUGUGACAUCUCUACCCGAUGAUUUUGCUUUUGACCUGGAUGAUUCCCAGAGGAAGUCCUUAGCCAUGCGAGCUUUGCAAGAAAGUCAUUUUAAGUCAUCGAAAUUUGUGUCACAAUACUUAUAUGAUGUUGAGAUCUCUUUGUUAUUAUUAUGGCGCCACCUUGAUUAUUAUAUGACCCCCGGUAGUCAAAAAUCAUCCUUUGAUACAAAUCAAGUAUUGCCUUCCUCCACAGCUCCAAGGGAUGCAAAUAAAAAGCGUUUGCAAGAGGAUGGGAAUCUCGUUCUUACCGAUAUUUUGAAAAGAUUGGAAUCACUCGAUCAACAACCGACUACGAAGGAGAUUGUUGAUCGAUUUAAGGCGCGUAAUGAUUACAUUCAAAUGUUGGUGCGGAAACUGAAAUCACUUCUUGUAACUUGA